GUGAUCCAGCUGUAUGAGACCAUGAUAGUGACACUGUGUGGUUGUAACCCCUUCUACCUCCCGGUCAAGACAUACGUCCUCAACCCCAAGUCUGUCACCAUGGGAGAGCUCUACGGAGAAAAGGUGAACAUAUUGACCCUGGAGUGGCGUGACGGCCUGAUGGCGCUCAGCGUGCGAGCGGCCUGCAACGACACCAGCGAUGACCACAAGUGGAUCGUGUCGGACGGUCCGGUGGACGCGCUGUGGAUUGAGAACAUGAACACGGUCCUGGACGACAACAAGAUGCUGUGUCUGGCCAACAGCGAACGCAUCAAACUGACCCCGUCUAUACACAUGGUGUUUGAGGUCCAGGACUUAUCGGUGGCGUCCCCAGCCACAGUGAGUCGCUGUGGGAUGGUCUACAUCGACUCUAACGAACUCAAAUGGAUGCCCUAUGUCCAGACCUGGAUCACUGACUGGCCUGGCUAA